ACAAAAAAAAAAGGCAGGCACGAAGAGCGGUGUAGGGAUGAGAGGAGAGAGCAAAAUAUCUCGGUUGUUCUGUAACGUUAGUUAAAGAAAAGUCAAGAUUUAACAUACCAUUUCUUGCAUAGGUUGGACCAGAAACCAAAAGCCCCAAUCCUGUUUAUGUUGUUCGUGAUUUCCUGAAUAAUCCUAAAGUGAGAUUUGAAAGAACGCGGCCAAAGAAGCCAAAUUGUAUGUGUCAAGUGCUAACUGUUAGCUGACAGGCUACCUAGGUAUAGCCAUUGAUGCAAUGGCGUUGAAACGAAUUCAGAAGGAGCUGUCAGACCUGCAGAGGGACCCACCUGCUCAGUGCUCUGCUGGACCAGUCGGAGAUGAUUUGUUUCACUGGCAGGCAACAAUAAUGGGUCCAAGUGACAGUCCAUAUCAGAGUGGAGUGUUUUUCCUCACCAUUCACUUCCCGACAGAUUACCCUUUCAAACCACCCAAAGUUGCAUUCACAACAAAAAUUUACCACCCUAAUAUCAACAGUAAUGGAAGUAUUUGCCUGGAUAUACUGAGAUCACAAUGGUCACCUGCGCUUACAGUAUCAAAAGUAUUAUUGUCUAUCUGCUCUCUUCUUUGUGAUCCAAACCCGGACGACCCACUGGUACCAGAGAUUGCCCAUACAUACAAGGCUGACAGGGAAAGGUACAACAAAUUAGCAAGAGAUUGGACACAGAAGUAUGCAAUGUGAGAACGCUGGGGAGAUAAAAAUAUAAACGAGAACAAAAGAAACACGUUUGAUUUGUAACUUGAGGCAAAUGAGCAACAGAGGGAAAAAAUACUAGACAACAGCCCAUCUUUUGGAAAAGGAACUGAUACAAUGAGGUACAGUGCCACCUGGCUUUCCAUGUGCUAAGCUGCUACCAUGUGCUGCCCUUCAUGACUUGUUUGGAUCUGCUGCGCAGGACCUGAUGGGCUGCUUAGAGCACUCCCAUAUGGAAUACCGGAAACUCUUCACAGUCCAUACCACCACACUCAGACUUAAAACUGUUACUCUUGCUAUUGUGAUUAUCACUAUCAUUGUUGCUAUUCAUAGGCAUCAUUUUCACUGUCCAUGAUUCAUAUCGUUGUGCUACUCAGAGGCAAAAUGUUUGAUUUAUUUAGGAGAUUGGCUCUCCCUUCAUUUCAGAGGUACUGUCUGUGCCCCACUGGAUGUAUUAUUAUUACUGUAUUUCCAUGUAUUUAGUGGCCUUUCUGUUUAUUAUUUUCGGUAUAUGUGCAAUUGAGGCAGAAUGUUCCCUGUCAAAUGGUGCGGUGCCAUUACCAGCAGCUGAUCUGUGGGCACAUACUGUCUCUACCCCGAAACAAUGUGAAAGAUGGAAAUUGGUCUGUAUCACCCACUGAAAUUGCAACAAUAUUUAGUGUUUUUAGUGACACUGGAGUGCUGCUGUUAGGAGCCAGCAGGCUCUUGCAUCACUGCUGUGGGGCUCCGUAAGGUGAAUGUCAACCUGCAUUUUUCUCACACAUGCUGUCAUUGCUCUUUAUAUCCUGUGAUAAGCAACCACCCAUGGCUGGUGUUCAUAGUGCACAAAAUACUACUGUUGUCUCUCUUGUUACUUGUUGUGUAGCUGUGAACAAAGCUACUCUUCGGCCUAUAGCGGAGCUGUGUGCCACCUACUCAGUACAGUUUCUCAGGUAUCUAACCAAAUCAUCAGCCUUUACAUGCAGUGACCCAUGGUGAGAAAAAUGACUGAGGCUUGUAUCAUCAGACUUCUAAAGGCUUCUACUUUAUCGAAAUUCACUGUUUUGUUUGUUUAAAAAAAAAAAAAAAAAACAAAGAAAAGAAAAGAAGACACGCUUCCUGAAGAGACAAAAUGAUCAAAGACAGAUCAGCAUUCUUGAAGUCCUUUAUGCAUAUGGGGCCUGAGCCUAUCCUGUGUUGCACAGAAAUAUGCUGUCCCAGAAGUACUGUCAUUUUGUCACUGAGAGGUUUUGUUUUAAAUUAUCCCUCUUCAGUGAUUCUCAUCACCAGUUUUAUUUAAUUUUGACAAAACCUGGAUGUGAACAGCUUUAAAUUGAUGCUGUUAAACAUGUACAUGCUACUGUUUUUCUAAAAUGUAAUGGCCUUUGGUUACAGCUGGUGUCACUUAUACUCAAAAUGGGAACUUAAACUUUACAUUUUGCAGAACCUAUUCAUUUGAAGUCAUGUGCUUUCUGUUACUUGAGGUGAAUUAAUAGAGUAACUUGACAUGACAUAACUUGCUUUAAAAUACUGAGUGAUGUGAGGUUUGUCAGCAUUUCUUUGUUUGUAUUCAUGAUCAGGUCUGCAAAGGGUUGUUCUGUUUUAGGAUUAAUAAUCCACACUGACAGCAAAACAGUUUGUCUGGAUGAUACGUUUGUGACCUUCUGUAUUGUAUGUUUGAAAGCUUUAGUUUUAGAGUUGUUUUUUUUUUCAUUCAUGUCACCAGAAUUGAACUUGAUUGUGAUGUGUCAUACUGUAAUAUUAGUUAUAAUAUAAUCCGUUGUGUCUGUUGGAUAAAGUAGUUAGGGAUUUUAUUUUGUAUCAUGGCUCAUAAUGUGCUGAUGCUGCCAAUAUAAAGGGAAAUAUUUGAUAUUUUAAAGGGGGAAAAAUUUGUUAUUGAGGCAUUUUUGAGUGGAUUCAUCCAGAAAGAUCCAUAGUAAAGCAUGGAAAUUAGGAGCUUUGAUUGUAGAAUUAACACAGUGGUUUAGGCGCCAAAUAUAGAUUUUCAUAAUUGUUAGCAGCUGUAGAGAAAGUUGUCCUGAAAUACAGUAUGUAACUCAAAGGUUUCAAAAAAUACAUCCUCUAAAUGCAGUGAAAUCUUUCACUGCGAGACCACAUUUGAAAACGACUUGUGUGUAAUAGUACUAGUUCAAACUUUGUGUGCAUUGUUGCUUGUUCAUCUGGCUAUUUAUUUAUUUGAAAGCUGAAUAUCAUCCAACUAUACGAUUGAAUGCAGCCUCAGUUCGUCAUUUGAGUGAUGUGACAUUCACUUCCUUUAUCCAGUGUGCUCAAUAGAGUUUAUAUAGGCAGCUUGGCAUGCUUUGCACUCUGGAGAACCUUCUCACAGCCAUUUGCCAGAUAUCAGGGAUUUCGUUACAAUUCAUCUGCCUAACACCUCUGACUAAAAUUUUAGCCUUAACCCUCAUUUUGUGUAUAUAGAUAUAUAGAGAGAACAUUGUCAUGAACUGUAAAUUCGCUAUCAGGGCUGUUUCCCCCAGAUGGGUGACUCAUUUCAUCAGUAGACAUGGAAUCCUGCUUGAACAGCACCAAUAUUUUUGUUAGAAAUUUCAGCCUGGCUUUCUCUGAAUGCAGAAACAGCCUUCAUGCGUCGUAAAAUUUGGAAUACCAGUAUGUGUGCUUGCCACCAUGAACGUCCACACGUCCCCACAUAAGCCCACACAAGAUAACUAUUGACCUUGUAAUAACAUGAAUAAAGCUCAUCUUGGUUUA